AGGCAGAGCUCAGACUAUGACUACACUGUGUGUCCAGAGGGAGAGAAGAAACUCAGCAAAUCUACCUACAAACACUUUGGGACCAACAUGGAUGCUGUGAGCAAUAGCCUUACCUCUUCUUUAUCAAACAAUAACACAAGACAUACUACUGAAUUGACAUCAACUUGUUAUAAAUACUUUUUGCCUUUGGUCUGGGUAGUUCAUGUAAAUUCUAUCAAUAGGCCUUUAAAAAUAUAUAAUGUUGAAGUCGGAAGUUUACAUACACUUGGGUUGGAGUCAUUAAAACUCGUUUUUCAACCACUCCACACAUUUCUUGUUAACAAACUAUAGUUUAGGCAGGUGGGUUAGGACAUCUACUUUGUGCAUGACACAAGUAAUUUUUCCAACAAUUGUUUACAGACAGAUUAUUUCACUUAUAAUUCACUGUAUCACAAUUCCAGUGGGUCAGAAGUUUACAUACACUAAGUUGACUGUGCCUUUAAACAGCUUGGAAAAUUCCAGAAAAUUAUGUCAUGGCUUUAGAAUCUUCUGAUAGGCUAACUGACAUCAUUUUAGUCAAUUGGAGGUGUACCUGUGGAUGUAUUUCAAGGCCUACCUUCAAACUCAGUGCCUCUUUGCUUGACAUCAUGGGAAAAUCAAAAGAAAUCAGCCAAGACCUCAGAAAAAAAAUUGUAGACCUCAACAAGUCUGGUUCAUCCUUGGGAGCAAUUUCCAAACGCUUGAAGGUCCCACGUUCAUCUGUAAAACAAUAGUAUGCAAGUAUAAACACCAUGGGUCCACGCAGCCGUCUUACCGCUCAGGAAGGAGACGCGUUCUAUCUCUUAGAGAUGAACGCACUUUGGUGCGAAAAUAGCAAAUCAAUCCCAGAACAACAGCAAAGGACCUUGUGAAGAUACUAGAGGAAACAGGUACAAAAUUAUCUAUAUCCACAGUAAAACGAGUCCUAUAUCAACAUAACCUGUAAGGCCACUCAGCAAGGAAGAAGCCACUGCUCAAAAACCGCCAUAAAAAAGCCAGACUACGGUUUGCAACUGCACAUGGGGACAAAGAUCGUACUUUUUGGAGAAAUGUCCUCUGAUCUGAUGAAACAAAAAUAGAACUGUUUGGCCAUAAUGACCAUCGUUAUGUUUGGAGGAAAAAGGGGGUACUUGCAAACAGAAGAACACCAUCCCAACCGUGAAGCACAGGGGUGGCUGCAUCAUGCUGUGGGGGUGCUUUGCUGCAGGAGCUACUGGUGCACUUCACACAAUAGAUGGCAUCACGAGGAAGGAAAAUUAUGUGGAUAUAUUGAAGCAACAUCUCAAGACAUCGGUCAGGAAGUUAAAGCUUGGUCGCAAAUGGUCUUCCAAAUGGACAAUGACCCCAAGCAUACUUCCAAAGUUGUGGCAAAAUUGCUUAAGGACAACAAAGUCAAAGUAUUGGAGUGGCCAUCACAAAGCCCUGACCUCAAUGUAAACAUGUAAAUAUAAUGUAAACCUCAAUCCUAUAGAACAUUUGUGGGCAGAACUGAAAAAGCGUGUGCGAGCAAGGAGGCCUACAAACCGGACUCAGUUACACCAGCUCUGUCAGGAGGAAUGGGCCAAAAUUCACCCAACUUAUUGUGGGAAGCUUGUGGAAGGCUACGCGAAACGUUUGACCCAAGUUAAACAAUUUAAAGGCAAUGCUACCAAAUACUAAUUGGGUGUAUGUAAACUUCUGACCCACUGGGAAUGUGAUGAAAGAAAUUAAAGCUGAAAUAAAAGAUUCUCUCUACUUUUAUUCUGACAUUUCACAUUCUUAAAAUAAAGUGGUGAUCCUAACUGACCUAAGACAGGGAAUUUUUACUAGGAUUAAAUGUCAGGAAUUGUGAAAAACUGAUUUUAAAUCUAUUUGGCUAAGGUGUAUGUAUACGUCCGACUUCAACUGUAUAUACUUGUUGUAGAAUAAUGUAGAAUAAUGUCAGCUAAUAUGAAGCCAUAAGAGUUUAGAGUUUAUUCAUUACCCCAGUCAUCUCAAAUGACAUGACUGCAGUAACAUAAUCUACUUCUGUCCUUACCCAAAUUCCCUGUGGGAAAAAUAAACUCAUUAUAUUAUAUUCUAUUUAACCUCCAGGACUGGAGCACCAGCACAGAAACCUAUAUGUCUCAGUAUCUCCUGAAGAAAGAGUAUGAGCCCAAGAAGAUUCCCAAGUCUAUGGUGGAGGCUGACCACUUCCAGUCUGCAGACUUUGACAGACAUACAGUCAGGUAGGCUGUAACUGUAGGACUGUAGUGUUUCAGGUGAAGAGCUGUCACUUGCAUUACAUUGAUACAUAGGUCUACAGCACAUAACAUACCAUCAUGGUCAUCACGAGCAGCAAAGAAUGUGAUGAAUUAGAAUGUGCAAGGCAGUGAUGGGUUUCCAGACAUAUCGUUUCUUUUCCUAUUCAAUACACUUUUAAUUGGGAAAAACACAUAUUUCACUGGCUUGAACUGAAGUCUUAAUUCUGACUGGAACUGCAAGGACCUGAUGUCAGUAUUUCACUACUUCCACUAACUGCUAACAUUCAUUCAGUAUUUGAAGAGUUUAGUUCCAAAACACUAUAUCCAUCAAUUUUUUACAUUUCUCUUUUCUUUUCUGGAGAAAUAAUUGCUUAUGGGUACCUUCAUGUGUGUCUAAAAUCUUACUGUUCUCAGAUAUUUUAUUCAAAUAUUUUAGAUGUCUAUUAAAAUUGGUUUUGCUAAAUGCUGUAUAUCCAUUGUUUAGCUGGAAUGGAAUGUUCGUAUCCUCUAUAUUUGACUGUGAUAUUUGGUUGUCUCACCUAGCUAUGUUAAGAUGAAUGCACUAACUGUAAGUCGCUCUGGAUAAGAGCGACUGCUAAAUAGUCCAUGGGUCAGACCCCCAAAUUUGGGCCUUCGGGCUCACUUGGGGUGACGAUGUCUCAUAGUGAUUUUAUUAAAGGUCUAUGUCGCUAGAGUUGGAAAAUGUGUGAUAGCGGUGCAGUAAUGACAGUUUUCUGGCAGCAGCAAUGCUUGGUUUUAGACAGUCAAAUGUGACAAAUACAGUGGGGGAAAAAAGUAUUUAGUCAGCCACCAAUUGUGCAAGUUCUCCCACUUAAAAAGAUGAGAGAGGCCUGUAAUUUUCAUCAUAGGUACACGUCAACUAUGACAGACAAAUUGAGAGAAAAUAAUUCCAGAAAAUCAUAUUGUAGGAUUUUUAAUGAAUUUAUUUGCAAAUUAUGGUGGAAAAUAAGUAUUUGGUCACCUACAAACAAGCAAGAUUUCUGGCUCUUACAGACCUGUAACUUCUUCUUUAAGAGGCUCCUCUGUCCUCCACUCGUUACCUGUAUUAAUGGCACCUGUUUGAACUUGUUAUCAGUAUAAAAGACACCUGUCCACAACCUCAAACAGUCACACUCCAAACUCCACUAUGGCCAAGACCAAAGAGCUGUCAAAGGACACCAGAAACAAAAUUGUAGACCUGCACCAGGCUGGGAAGACUGAAUCUGCAAUAGGUAAGCAGCUUGGUUUGAAGAAAUCAACUGUGGGAGCAAUUAUUAGGAAAUGGAAGACAUACAAGACCACUGAUAAUCUCCCUCGAUCUGGGGCUCCACGCAAGAUGUCACCCCGUGGGGUCAAAAUGAUCACAAGAACGGUGAGCAAAAAUCCCAGAACCACACGGGGGGACCUAGUGAAUGACCUGCAGAGAGCUGGGACCAAAGUAACAAAGCCUACCAUCAGUAACACACUACGCCGCCAGGGACUCAAAUCCUGCAGUGCCAGACAUGUCCCCCUGCUUAAGCCAGUACAUGUCCAGGCCCGUCUGAAGUUUGCUAGAGUGCAUUUGGAUGAUCCAGAAGAGGAUUGGGAGAAUGUCAUAUGGUCAGAUGAAAUCAAAAUAGAACUUUUUGGUAAAAACUCAACUCGUCGUGUUUGGAGGACAAAGAAUGCUGAGUUGCAUCCAAAUAACACCAUACCUACUGUGAAGCAUGGGGGUGGAAACAUCAUGCUUUGGGUCUGUUUUUCUGCAAAGGGACCAGGACGACUGAUCCGUGUAAAGGAAAGAAUGAAUGGGGCCAUGUAUCGUGAGAUUUUGAGUGAAAACCUCCUUCCAUCAGCAAGGGCAUUGAAGAUGAAACGUGGCUGGGUCUUUCAGCAUGACAAUGAUCCCAAACACACCGCCCGGGCAAUGAAGGAGUGGCUUCGUAAGAAGCAUUUCAAGGUCCUGGAGUGGCCUAGCCAGUCUCCAGAUCUCAACCCCAUAGAAAAUCUUUGGAGGGAGUUGAAAGUCCGUGUUGCCCAGCGACAGCCCCAAAACAUCACUGCUCUAGAGGAGAUCUGCAUGGAGGAAUGGGCCAAAAUACCAGCAACAGUGUGUGAAAACCUUGUGAAGACAUACAGAAAACGUUUGACCUGUGUCAUUGCCAACAAAGGGUAUAUAACAAAGUAUUGAGAAACUUUUGUUAUUGACCAAAUACUUAUUUUCCACCAUAAUUUGCAAAUAAAUUCAUUAAAAAUCCUACAAUGUGAUUUUCUGGAUUUUUGUUUCUCAUUUUGUCUGUCAUAGUUGAUGUGUACCUAUGAUGAAAAUUACAGGCCUCUCUCAUCUUUUUAAGUGGGAGAACUUGCACAAUUGGUGGCUGACUAAAUACUUUUUUUCUCCACUGUAUAUACAGCGGGCAAGUAGAGAGUUGGAAACUCUGGCCUACACCAUCCCAACAUGGGCCAGCCCACACCAAGCCCAGAGAGAGGCGGGGGCACAUUAGAAUAUUUGGGGGCGUGGUUUGCAUACCGUUAUUUUUGUGCAACGUUUACUGAGUAUUUUUUAUACAAUAUAUCACUUUCCUUAAAUACCUUCAAGGCUUGAAAAUUAUGCAAUUUAUGUAUUGAAUUAAAUUGUAAUAAAUACAUUAUAAUUAAAUUAAUUCAUAUUAAAUAGAACUGUGGGGCCAAUAUUUUAGCCUGCAUUGGGCCCACAUUGUGCCAGUGUGGACAUUUUUGCUGGGAAAUUGUCUCCAAAUGGUGUCACUACUACUGUCUGCCAGAAGAGGGCGAUAUGACUGUUUGGUCAUAACCUCAAUAACCUGGUUUCAUCUUGUUUUACUCUUACUUACAAUUCAUUACAAGAAUAACUCAAAUGUUGACAUUGACAAGUUUAAUAUGAUAACAGCUGAGAAAACAGUGCUGUCAGCAAAGUUAGAGAGGUUUGGAACAUCCUUUGAUGAGAGGGCUGGAUCAAACAUUUGCCCUUUUUCCAACCCCUUUGGUUUCCACCUUAAAACCGUCAAAUAGGACUGUAACAUUACUUUUAAACACAAUUGCAUAACAGAUGGAGAGCGCCUGUGGAAAAAAGUGAGAUAUUCCUGACGUCGUCAUCGGUUCCCAGUGUGGGGGAGGCUAAGGCUACAGUUCACACUAACAUUUGUAAUGUCUCACACACCAGUAAUAAACACACACACACUCUCUCCCGCUUUUAGAACGCUUUGCAACACAACACAACAGUCACUUAACAACAUUAGAUUCAUGUCUCUGCCGAAAUACCUUUCAAGAACACCUGUCUGUAUAUUUGCUGUAGGCUAUAACAACUCCUAUUCACACAUUGUCUAGACAUAAUAAUAAUAAUAAUAUGCCAUUUAGCAGACGAUUUUAUCCAAAGCGAUUUACAGUCAUGCGUGCAUACAUUUUUUGUGUAUGGGUGGUCCCGGGGAUCGAACCCACUACCUUGGCGUUACAAGCACUGUGCUCUACCAGCUGAUCUACAGAGGACCACAUAGUGGCAAUGUUUAUGAAGCAUCAUAUAUGUACUGUGUGUGUCUAUUGAAGUUACAGUGACAUUAAGGUCAGAAUCUGUUGCAGAAGAUGUAACAUACUGUAUCUACAGUUGAAGUCGGAAGUUUACAUACACUUAGGUCGGAGUCAUUAAAACUCGUUUUUCAACCACUCCACACAUUUCUUGUUAACAAACUAUAGUUUUGGCAAGUCGGUUAGGACAUCUACUUUCUGCAUUACACAAGUAAUUUUUCCAACAAUUGUUUACAGACUGAUUAUUUCACUUAUAAUUCACUGUAUCACAAUUCCAGUGGGUCAGAAGUUUACAUACACUAAGUUCACCGUGCCAUUAAACAGCUUGGAAAAUUCCAGAAAAUGAUGUCAUGGCUUUAGAAGCUUCUGAUAGGCUAAUUGACAUCAUUUGAGUCAAUUGGAGGUGUACCUGUGGAUGUAUUUCAAGGCCAACCUUUACACUCAGUGCCUCUUUGCUUGACAUCAUGGGAAAAUCAAAAGAAACUAGCCAAGACCUCAGAAAAAAUAUUGUACACCUCCACAAGUCUGGUUCAUCCUUGGGAGCAAUUUCCAAAUGCCUGAAGGUACCACGUUCAUCUGUACAAACAAUAGUACGCAAGUAUAAACACCAUGCGACCACGCAGCCGUUAUACCGCUCAGGAAGGAGACGCGUUCUGUCUCCUAGAGAUGAACCUGCAAAUCAAUCCCAGAACAACAGCAAAGGACCUUGUGAAGAUGCUGGAGGAAACAGGUACAAAAGUAUCUAUAUCCACAGUAAAACGAGUCCUAUAUCGACAUAACCUGAAAGGCCGCUCAGCAAGGAAGAAGCCACUGCUCCAAAACCGCCAUAAAAAAGCCAGACUACGGUUUGCAACUGCACAUGGGGACAAAGAUCAUACUUUUUGGAGAAAUGUCCUCUGGUCUGAUGAAACAAAAAUAGAACUGUUUGGCCAUAAUGACCAUCGUUAUGUUUGGAGGAAAAAGGGGGUUGCUUGCUAGCCGAAGAACACCAUCCCAACUGUGAAGCGCGGGGGUGCUUUGCUGCAGGAGGGACUGGUGCACUUCACAAAAUAGAUGGCAUCAUGAGGAAGGAAAAUUAUGUGGAUAUAUUGAAGCAACAUCUCAAGACAUCAGUCAGGAAGUUAAAGCUUGGUCGCAAAUCGGUCUUCCAAAUGGACAAUGACCCCAGUCAUACUUCCAAAGUUGUGGCAAAAUGGCUUAAGGACAACAAAGUCAAGGUAUUGGAGUGGCCAUCACAAGGCCCUGACCUCAAUCCUAUAGAAAAUAUGUGGGCAGAACUGAAAAAGCGUGUGCGAGCAAGGAGGCUUACAAACCUGACUCAGUUACACCAGCUCUGUCAGGAGGAAUGGGCCAAAAUUCACCCAACUUAUUGGUGGAAGCUUGUGGAAGGCUACCUGAAACAUUUGACCCAAGUUAAACAAUUUAAAGGCAAUGCUACCAAAUGCUAAUUGAGUGUAUGUAAACUUCUGACCCACUGGGAAUGUGAUGAAAUAAAUAAAAGCUGAAAUAAAUCAUUCUCUCUACUAUUAUUCUGACAUUUCACAUUCUUAAAAUAAAGUGGUGAUCCUAACUGACCUAAGACAGGGAAUUUUUACCAGGAUUAAAUGUCAGGAAUUGUGAAAAACUGAGUUUAAAUAUAUUUGGCUAAUACCCAUCAGAGGGCUUUGGCUCUGUAGGACCAACCCUGCCAGGCAGGCUCAGAAUCUUGAGGGUGUCUGUUAACAUGUUCCUAUACACCACCGACAUGACUAUGCUGUGUGUGCCAAUAUCAUUAACUGGUAGGCUCUCUUCAAAAUCUUUUACAAAUGAAGGCACAAAUCAGUGAGUGAGUGAGUGAGAGAGAGAGAGAGAGAGAGAGAUAGAGAGCGAGCGAGAGAGAGAGAGAGAGAGAGAGAGAGAGAGAGAGAGAGACUGUCCAUCACCAUCUCUUGGAGGUUUCUCUACCAACACGACACUGUGAAAUGACAGGCCUUGUAAUAUCACUGUGGAGAGAGACUUCCACAGAACCCUCACACAAGUCUCAACGUCUAUCACUGUCCUAGAGCUGUGAUGACCGUAUACAGUUUUUUAGGAAGCCAGUGUCUGUUCAAAUCAUCAUGCUGUCUGAAAACCAUCAUACCGAUCAGUUUGGUUGACAACAAAAUUCUGUGCAAGAUGUGAUAUAUGUUUGUCUUUACGAGUAAGUAUGAGAAACUGUUCAGUUUGAAGCGGAAGCACCCUGUUGAAGGCUAGGUAUUCAAUAAUAAAUAAAGUUUUUAUUGAACUUCCAGUUUCCUCCAUAGUGAUUAAAUGUCUGGAGGAUAUGAUUAUAAGGAGAUAUCAGAAAUGACAGUAGGAUCAUCCAGCAUUCCUCUGUGGUAAACAGAGAGCUAUUAUCAUAGCUAUAGAUAAUACUAUACUCCCGAGUGGCGCAGUAGCUGUGCCACUAGAGAUCCUGGUUCGAAUCCAGGCUCUGUCGUGGCCAGCCACGACCGGGAGACCCAUGGGGCGGCGCACAAUUGGCCCAGGGUAGGGUAGGGGAGGGAAUGGCCGGCAGGGAUGUAGCUCAGUUGGUAGGGCAUGGCGUUUGCAACGCCAGGGUUGUGGGUUCGAUUCCCACGGAGGGGGCAGUAUGAAAAAUAAAACAAUUAUGUAUGCUCUUACUAACUGUAAGUCGCUCUGGAUAUGAGCGUCUGCUAAAUGACUAAAAUGUAAAUGUACUAUAGAGACACAUGCAUGAAAAUGUAGCAGUGAACCUAUCGUGAUUGUGAGAAUUACAUAUUUACUUAGUGGUUGCGACUGAAAGAAAGUGUUCUAAAUGGGAAGAAAUCUCCUCUUUCACUCAUGUGUAUAGAUAGGAUAGACAAUGGAGUAGCCUGAUUCUCCAUCAAGAGCAGAAGAGACAACUGCCUUCAUCUCACAUUUCUAUUCACUGUUUCCCCCAAUUCCCAAAAAUACAGUCAACACAUCUGUAUCCCUUCAAUGUGUAAUAAUUAAUUUAUCUUGAAAAGAUGGACAGAAGCUUCAAGCCUAACUAACAAGAUUCAGUUUUUACCAAUGACCUGCCACUAGCAUUAAACAAAGUAUGUGUGUCCAUGUAUGCUGAUGAUUCAACCAUAAACGCAUCAGCAACAGCUAAUGAAGUCACUGAAACACUUAACAAAGAGUUGUAGUCAGUUUUGGAAUGGGUGGCCAGUAAUAAACUGGUCCUGAACAUCUCUAAAGCUAAGGGCAUUGUAUUUGGUACAAAUCAUUCCCAAAGUUCUAGAUCUCAGCUGAAUCUGGUAAUGAAUGGUGUGGCUGCUGAACAAGUUCAGGAGACUAAAUUGUCAACUGUAAACUGUCAUGGUCAAAAUAUAUAUACUGGAAAAAAUAUAUAAGCGCAACAUGUAAAGUGUUGGUCCCAUGUUUCAUGAGUUGAAAUAAAAUAUCCCAGAAAUGUUCCAUACGCACAAAAAGCGUAUUUCUCUAAAACGUUUACAUCCCUGUUGGUGAGCAUUUCUCCUUUGCCAAGAUAAUCCAUCCACCUGACAGGGGUGGCAUAUCAGGAAGCUGAUUAAACAGCAUGAUCAUUACACAGGUGCACCUUGUGCUGGGGACAAUAAUGGGCAGUUCUGUCACAUAACACAAUGCCACAGAUGUCUCAAGUUUUGAGGGAGUGUGCAAUUGGCAUGCUUACUGCAGGAAUGUCCACCAGAGCUGUUGUCAGAUACUUGAAUGUUCAUUUCUCUACCAUAACGUCGUUUUAGAGAAUUUGGAAGUACAGCCUCACAACCGCACACCACGUGUAUGGUGUCGUGUCGGCGAGCGGUUUGCUGAUGUCAACGUUGUGAACAGAGUGCCCAAUGGUGGCGUUGGGUUAUGGGUUGCUUAGAUUGAUAGAACAGUCAGUGUUCAAUUUGUGUUAUAAGACUGGACGAUUUAGCAGCUUGAUGAUUUCAAAUUGAAAGACUCACCUAUUCAACAUGAAUAGUGAGACGUUUUCGAGGUAGUCAUUUUUUUCGGUGCCGAAUGAUUUGAAAGCUUAAACUACUGUGAAUAGGGUUGGAAUUUGGAAUAUUGAAUUGAACAUGGAUAUGAAUUGAGUGUAUGCGGGUCAAUUAUAGCCAGUGUUUGUUUUAUUAAUUAGAGCGUAAUCAGAAAGGACAGUUACAGAAAUUGAAUAGCAGGCUGGCAAUGGCAAUGGAGCUGUGGCAAUGAUUUGAAUUGAGAACAAAGGAAAAUAAUUUAUGGCUCUGGUUCGCGGGUAAAAGAGAGACAGUCCAGCUAGUACGAAUCGAGCUGUAAGAUAGAUUUCAAGUAGAAGUCUAAAUAGUUGAAUGGAAAACAGUUAUUUGACAAAUUCUAAUUGUUAUUACUUUAUUCGAUAGGUUGCUUAACACCAGUGGUGUAUGCAAAUAGUUGGUGAAUUCUAAAACAAUAAUUUGUUUUCGUUACGUGAACCAGGGGAUGCAAGUAGCUUUAGCUAUUAUGCUGAUGGAAUAGCACCAACUUAUAGUGGGUUCUAGAUUUGUUGAAUAACAAACGUAUAUUUUAAACUAAAUUAAUGCAAUAGGCUACAAUUAUAACAUUAUCAGAAAAAGGCACAAUUUAAUGCGAAGCAGUUAUUACAAGUGUCAUUGAUCCAGUAAUGAUAGAAGGAUAGUAGAGGAAAGGCAAGGGAUACAAUCUCAUUUAAGGAAAGAAGAAGAGUAUGAAGAUAUAUUAGGGAGAAAAUACCAUUAACUGAGGGAUAUAAAAAUGUUUAGCUGAGAAAGACAACAGGACUCAUUUACCUUACACCCUAAUAUAGACACUGAACCACACAAGGAGUAGAGAUGGCAGGAACACCAGUAGCAAUCAUGAAGAGAAGGUUCCCAGAAAAUAGUAAUAUUGGUAUAAUCUCUGACAAAUGGGAAAAAAGGACCAGGAAAAUAGUAACUAAAUGGCCAAAGGAGGGAACAUUUGAUGUAACAGUGUGCGAGGAAAUGGAUACCCUAAUAAAGAACUAUAAAACAGGAGAGAAAGGGGAGAAAAGAAAGAAGAAGAGAGAGAAAGCGAGAGAAAUCUUGAAAAUGUUCUGGGAGGAAGGAAAGAGUUGGAGAGACAGCAUAGCCAAAGCUAGAAGGAUAAUAAUGGAGAGGGAGAGUGAACCAAAAAAGCCUGGUUUAACUACACCACCACCAUACACAGAAGGGUGGCAGUAUUCUCAGGUCACAGGUCUAGUCUCAAUAACAGGGAGUGUAGAGAUAGAAGGAGAAAAAAGGAAGCAGCAGGUUUCCACACCAAGAAGAGGAGAACAAUCACAUUUAGAUAUAGACUGUUAUUGAGGACUGAGGGGUAUGGUAACGGAACUGGAAAAUUAUGGGAUAGAUGAACAAGAGUGUGAUGGGCAAAGAGAUGGGGGGAAUACAAAUGAGGAGGAAGGUGAAGAAUUUAGACAGUAUGCUGACUCUGAUCAAGGACAGAGUGAGACAGAGGGACUAACGUCAGAAUCACGCAAGGAAUUCUGCGACCAUAUUAUCCACGCAAUGGAGAAAUACAGGAGGGAUGAACCGAAAUUGGCGAAGCAGUGGAGAGAGAUUCUGAGAAAACUGGGACAGUUGCAGCUGGAAGAGCUGACAAGAAAGGACAAAAAGAAAACACAAGCUACACCUGUUCUCCAAGGCGGUCAACAGAUACCACCUCAGCAGCAAGGCCAAAGAGCUCCUGCCUUACCAGUAGUGAAUGUGUACACACAACAAUCCCCUGGGCAGUGGCAAAACAAGAAUAAUGAAAAUGGACCCAAGAAUCAAUGGAAUUCAACCACAGCAUCAGACACACCAGAAUGGUGGACUAAGAAGACCAGGUGUCUGCUGGGGGUGCAAUCAAUCAGGACAUAUGAGAAGGGAUUGUACUACCAAGCCGUGGGUGCCUAGGCAACCACAACAGGGUAAUUGGCAAGAAAAUGGGCCCAGCUCAGCUAGAGGGGGGCAGUCUCAGACACAGGCUCCACAGGGCCAAGUGAACCUGUGGGGAGGACCAAAUCAGGGUAGCUGGAGAAGCAUUUAUUUUGGACUAGGGGACAGGACUAACUUUUUGUAGGUUCUGGAUUGAUUGCACAACAAUUUAUAUUUUUACUAAAAUCAAUGCAGCAGGUUGAAAUGAUUAGAUUACUGGAAAGUGGUUAUGGGUUUUAUGUUAUAUGUGUAUAUUCUACUUAAUGGAACAGGAUGAUGUCUUGAUUGGGAGUCUUUUUUCUGGGAUUGAUGGAAAUCCCCUACAGUAUGAAUGAUGAGGGAGAUGUAGGAGACCCACGUCUCAAACAACAUUUUAAUAGAUACUUGGGAUCAAAUAUCACUGAUUCCUUACACUGAGGAAUUGACUGUAUUGGUGACAGGGAAAGGUAUUACAUUCAGUGGGGUUAAAGAAUGCUUCCGAGGGUCAAAGAUAAUGGAUUCUGAAAGGUGAAAUGUAAAUUUACAGUAUGUAUGGGUGACAGCGCGAAUGAGGGUUACAAAUAGUCAAAUGGUGUUUCAUGCUGCAUUUACACAAUCGCUGAAGGGGUUGAAUUUGAGUGUUGUGGAUUGUAGUAAAGUGUUAGUGGCGUCGAAGGGCGAGGACACUAAAGGGCGAAACCAUCAUCACAUUAGUAAACUAUAUUGGUAGAAGGGGGGCCACAGGGCAUGUGGGAAAGUACAACCAACGAGGCAAGAGAUAGCAUAUUUGAGUUUUCGACGUCAUGAAGCAUGUUGGGGGUGAUUGAGUGGUAGCAGUGCGGCUAGGGAAAAGCCUAGGGGUUUAAAUCUUAUGGGAUUUUAUUUCGUUUUAUGUGCACUGGAUUGUGGAAUUCACCGGGGAAGGGAACAGUCACAAAUGAGGUUAUUGGGGGUUGUCUGAAAGGGGGGAUCAGGAGAUGUGGGAAUAGAGAGUGAGAAUUUCGAAUUUAAAUUGUUUGGACUGAUUAAGAGGUAUCAAAAUUGAAACUAACUAAAUGUGUACUUUUUCUUCCAGGAAAAAGGGGGGAGUGAUUUUCUCUUUUCUUUCAAAUAUUUUCUGAGAUUAUAAAUAAGGCCUGGCCAUUUGUUGUUUGUUUAUUGUUUUACUAUAUGGUGUUCAAAUAACCACAAACAAACCACUUAGUAUGAAAUGUUAGCUGUAUAGGAUUUUUAUUUGUAUUUUAGGUUUUUCAAGGGAUGGAAGUGAAAUAUCUAAAAGGUGACACAUGUAAUUUGGGUUUUAUUUACUGAGGGAUAAGUAAAUAUGUGUGAUUUAUUUUGAAAAGAGCUGUACUAAAGACAUACUGUACACUUGGGAUACAACAUUUAUGAAAUGUGUUGACGGUUGUUAAUGAGUGGUAUACUAUUGAUGGAACAAUUCAUUGAAUGAUUUCAAUGACCUCUGCAAGCUGUCCUGGCUUUAUAGUGUGACUUGAUCACCCGCACUGUAAAUACUAGAGGCAUGCUGAAUUGGGGGUUGGUUAUAAUAAGGAAUUGUGAGGAAGUAUAUAAUUUGGCAUUAAUCCUAUAUAUCAUUCCAAACAGGAGAGAGCUAGUAUUGAAGGAGAGAUAACCUUGAAUAAUGUUAUGGAAUGCAAAUGGGUUAAGAUAUCAUCAAGGGUUGUCAUUUUAAGUUCAGUUAUUAUUUUUGGUUUUUGAACACAUGAAUCACGAUGUGAUGCAUGUGUCCAAAGGGGGGAAGUUGGUUUUAACGGUUUUAAUGUUUUUGGGUUUUUGGGGGUUUACAGGGUUUUUUAAUGGUUUUAAUGUUUUUAAAUGGUUUUAUGAGCAGUAGUAGCAGUAGUGUUAUGGGUUAGGUUAAAUAUGUUUUGUUUUUGUGAUAGGAGGCAGGGUGUAGAGGGGGUCUGUCUAUGAAAUGAGUGGACUGCAACAAGCUGCAAGCAGGUGCGCUGCAUAAUCUCAAAGCUUCUCCUGACAGAUGAGAGGACAUAAGUAGCAUACUGUGUCUCACCUAACCUAACAAUGUUCUUAAGACUUUUUUCCCAUGGGUGAAGGGAACUCUGCCCAACGGAGUAGGAGAAUCUGAGUAUUUUCUGUGCCCUGGAGACUAUGUGAUGGUAAAAGACUACGGAAGAAAGAGCUGGAAAGACCCUAUGUGGAGGGGCCCGUGCCAGGUGUUGUUGGCUACCUCAAUGACGGUAAAAGUGGCAGAGACAGAUACUUAGAUCCAUGUUUCCCACUAUAGGAGUGUUCCAACCCCAGGAGAGGAAGAUGGCCCCGCCAUUGGGUAGCAUUGUUGUCUUUUGGGUUUGUCUGUGUUUGUGUCUUUGCAGUAGUAACUCCGAGCUUCCCUAUGGGUAGGCUGAUAGAAGGACACUCUUCGCUGACCGAUGUCGAUAGCUUGAGAGGGACUCUGGCUGAUCCGGAGACCCUAGUGACGGAAGAAGGUUAACAGCUAAAGUGACCAUACAUCGUCGUCCAGGUUACACCAACGGCGGUACGGAUAGAGGGGAGCGUGACCUGGUAUCAUCUAAACCAUUGUACCAGAGUGAGGGAACCGAUGACUGAGAUAUGAGAGAGCUGAGGAUGCUGGCGAGAAUCAGAUGGGGGAGGAUGGCAAUUACUGAUGAGCUACGUGUUCUUGCUGAUUCCCUCGGCGGAGGGGCAGAUCUUCGAGACUUUCGAGACCUUUGAGACUUUCAAGACCUUCUAGAUCUUCGAGAUAUUCCAGACAUUCAAGACUCACCAGAUGUCCCCAUCAUUGAUUUCUCUGCACUUGACUAGUUCACUGAGAAUAAGGGGAAUGGGGUACUGAUAAUAGUAAAGCAGAAGAACAAGACAUAGAAUGGAUAUAGACAGGAUUAAAAUGUAUAUUCCUGCACAGGCAGGAACCAUAACUAAAAUACAGGAAGGGAUCACUAUUAAAAUACAAGGGUUAACUGGUUAUUGGUGUGGGAUGAACCAGCACGAGGAUUAUGGGGAAAUCACAUGGGGUAACGGUGACCUUAAAAUAAUAAAAGAAAAAGACAGAUGGAUCAUAGACAUAAGGAUAACAGUUCGAGACUUAGAUAAACAAUUUUAUGUAGUACUUAGUGUUAGAGUUCCAGGGGGAAGUGUUGUUGGAGUAGUUAUUCCUUGGGAAAGUGCACUAAACCAUGUAUAUGUUAGAGCUAUACCAAAUGCAGAAGAAAGGGAAUGGAAGGAGCCGUUAAACAAUGAUUGGUAUAGAUGAUUACAAUGUAUUACAAUAAAAUUAAAGAAGGAAAAUAGUCUAAUAUGCACCACAUCUCCGUUUAAAGAAUUAACAGUAGUUCAAAGUCUUCACAGUUACCAGGACUGUGCUAUGAUUCAAUCACAACUUUUGUCAUAUUUAGGAAACCCUAAAUAUAAACAAUUUUAUAAUCACCCAGGAUGGGGAGAGAAGGGUAAGCAAUUAGUUGUUAGAAUAGGAACAAGGAAAAGGGAAACGCCAGAGUAAUGUCAAAUAGACUAUGAGUAAAUUAUAUAGGAGUGGUACAAUAAAACAAUUGGGUUAUAGAAGUUGGAAGAAUUCAAGGGAGAUUGUGAAAUUAUGUGGCAUUUAUACAGAUUGCCUUUGGAAUGCAGGGACCCCUCAAGGAAAAAUCUAUCAGGCAGCAGGAUCAUGUAUUAGAAAUUGGUAUUAAGAAUGAGUGGUGAAAUAUAAUGAUUUGUCAUAUACUCAAUGUUAAUAGGGAUGUUUUGGAUUGGAAAUUAACUCAACUAAACUGUUAUGAUUUGUCCUUUCUUGAGGUUGCUGCGGAUGUUGUCUUAAUGCAAAACAGAGAUAAUUCGAUCCAGAAUGGUGUGAAUCUCAAUAAAAACAAAAAACCCUCUUCCCGGCUGAAGAGGAGCAACAAAGGCGUUGAAUACGUUCCUGUCCUGCACCACCUCUACCAGGAGACCUGAAUCAGAACCAGCAUCAAAUCAAAGCAAUCAAUUGCCUUCUCUUUUAUGCCUUUUCUCUCAAGAAUGUGACAGGAGUCCAUGUGGAGUGAGCAGGAAGAGAGAUCUAUGCAAAUACAACAUUUCUCAUAGUUUGGGUAUACUGGUUGGCAAAAUGGACAAAACAAAAUGAAGGUGGAGGUGGGGCGGCUCAGGUGUGACAUUGGAAUUGGAACAUUGCCAUGGGCAAUCCUAGAUGAACUAUGAAGCUAUCUGAAGAACAUAAUGAGGACGCCAGAAGAUUAAGUGCCGGUAGAGGAAGGGAGUGUUAGUUGAGGUAGUAUGUUGAAUUGAGGAGGUAUUAUACACUGCUAAAUGUAUAGUAAUUUAGACUAGGAAUGCAUUAAGAUACUGAUCUGUUGUAAUUCUCGUUAUGAGGAAGGUAAUGCUAGAAUUAUGAUAAUAUAACUAUACAGUAUGCCAGUGUCAAUAUGUGCCAAGGUGAGAGUUUUAACUUUGAAUGAUGGAACCAAGGUGACUAACUAAGAAUUGUCAUUCUAAAUUUGUUUUGGGUAAUUAAUUUGAUUAUGAUUAUGAAUUGUAAGCUGACUGAUUGAUCUGAAUGAAGUUAUGUGAGUUAAAGAUAUUGAUAUUAUUCUUAAACAUGUCCUAGGUAGUAUGGCUAAAACAACGCUAUGUUAGUUUUAAUGUGUUAGGAUACUAACGCUUAUAUUGGAAUUGGUUUAAGUAGAAAUAUUAAUAUUGUACAUUAUGAGUAUAACUUUGAAUGCAAAGAUGGUGAUUGAUAGCAUAAACAUAAUAUACUUUUGUAAUGUUAUGGGAUUAGUAAUCCCAUGAGGGGGGAUAUGUGGUGAAUUAUUAUUAAUGAACUGUAGAGUUUAAUGGACUAUGAGGUAGAACUGGGUUAAUCAAGAGCAUAGAGUUAGAUUUCUUUGUUACUGGGCCAGGAAUUGAAUUGGGUCAUUUCACUGUGUGUGUGGGGUUUGUGUAUGUGUCAAGGAUUUAGAGCCAUGUCAUGGUUAAACUAAACAUGAGUGUGUGUGCAAGACAGGGGAGUGAGUGAUUUGUUGGAGUACUAUGUGCAUAAUAAAAGUCGAGUUUAGCCGCCCUCAGAGACAAAGGAAGUGGGCGGAGCAAUAAAAGAGCGGGAAACUGAAGAGGGGACUAUACAGUGGGGAGAACAAGUAUUUGAUACACUGCCGAUUUUGCAGGUUUUCCUACUUACAAAGCAUGUAGAGGUCUGUAAUUUUUUAUCAUAGGUACACUUCAACUGUGAGAGACGGAAUCUAAAACAAAAAUCCAGAAAAUCACAUUGUAUGAUUUUUAAGUAAUUAAUUUGCAUUUUAUUGCAUGACAUAAGUAUUGGAUACAUCAGAAAAGCAGAACUUAAUAUUUGGUACAGAAACCUUUGUUUGCAAUUACAGAGAUCAUACGUUUCCUGUAGGUCUUGACCAGGUUUGCACACACUGCAGCAGGCAUUUUGGCCCACUCCUCCAUACAGACCUUCUCCAGAUCCUUCAGGUUUCGGGGCUGUCGCUGGGCAAAACGGAUUUUCAGCUCCCUCCAAAGAUUUUCUAUUGGGUUCAGGUCUGGAGACUGGCUAGGCCACUCCAGGACCUUGAGAUGCUUCUUACGGAGCCACUCCUUAGUUGCCCUGGCUGUGUGUUUCGGGUCGUUGUCAUGCUGGAAGACCCAGCCACGACCCAUCUUCAAUGCUCUUACUGAGGAAAGGAGGUUGUUGGCCAAGAUCUCGCUAUACAUGGCCCCAUCCAUCCUCCCCUCAAUACGGUGCAGUCGUCCUGUCCCCUUUGCAGAAAAGCAUCCCCAAAGAAUGAUGUUUCCACCUCCAUGGGUUGGGAUGGUGUUCUUGGGGUUGUACUCAUCCUUCUUCUUCCUCCAAACACGGCAAGUGGAGUUUAGACCAAAAAGCUCUAUUUUUGUCUCAUUAGAUCACAUGACCUUCUCCCAUUCCUCCUCUGGAUCAUCCAGAUGGUCAUUGGCAAACUUCAGACGGGCCUGGACAUGCGCUGGCUUGAGCAGGGGGACCUUGCAUGCGCUGCAGGAUUUUAAUCCAUGACGGCGUAGUCUGUUACUAAUGGUUUUCUUUGAGACUGUGGUCCCAGCUCUCUUCAGGUCAUUGACCAGGUCCUGCUGUGUAAUUCUGGGCUGAGCCCUCACCUUCCUCAUGAUCAUUGAUGCCCCAUGAGGUGAGAUCUUGCAUGGAGCCCCAGACCGAGGGUGAUUGACCGUCAUCUUGAACUUCUUCCAUUUUCUAAUAAUUGCACCAACAGUUGUUGCCUUCUCACCAAGCUGCUUGCCUAUUGUCCUGUAGCCCAUUCCAGCCUUGUGCAGGUCUACAAUUUUAAUAAAGUAAUAUCUUGAUGCAACAAAAACUCUGUAAGACCUUAUUUGUAAUAAAGUAUAGUGGUUAUUUUCCACAACACAUACUCACCAGACAUGGGUGAUCUGGAUCGACAUGUACGACAGUGUUCCAGAUCCCGCCAAUAUCCAGCAACAUUCCACAGGCCACAAUCAACAGCCUGAUCCACUCUAUGUGAAGGAAAUAUGUCGUGCUGCAUGGGGCAAAUGGUGGUCACACACCAGAUACUGACUGGUUUUCUGAUCCACUACCCUACUUUCUUUUUUUGGGGCCAACAGAUGCAUAUCUGUAUUCCCAGUCAUGUGAAAUCCAUUGUCCUGUUUUUAUUGCUAUCCAUCUGUACUGUUAUUUCUUCUAUUUCCUUUGUUAACAUGAUCUCUUUUGACAUAUUUUGUUGUUGUUUUAAAGAUGAAUAUUGAAUUGCAUGAAAUUUAAAGGCACAUUUAGUUUGAUCUUAUCUUGAUUAUUGUCCAGUCAUAUGGUCAAGUGCUGCAAAUAAAGACCUAGUUUAGCUGCAGCUGGUCUAGAACAGAGCGGCAAGUCUUGCUCUUCGUUGUAAUCAGAGGGCUAAUAUCAAUAAUAUGCAUGCCAGUCUCUCUUGGCUAAGUGUUGAGGAAAGACUGACUGCAUCACUUCUUGUUUUUAUAAGAAACAUUAAUGUGUUGGAAAUUCCAAAUUAUUUGCAUGGUCAACUUACACACAGCACUGACACACACACUUACCCCACCAGACAUGCCACCAGGGGUCUUUUCACAGUCCCCAGGUCCAGAACAAAUUCAAGGAAAUGUACAGUAUUAUACAGAGCCAUGAGAGCAUGGAACUUCCUUCCAUCUCAUAAAGUGCAAGUGAACAGCAAACCUGGUUUCAAAACACAACUAAAGCAACACCUCACGGCACAACGCCUCUCCCCCAUGUGACCUACUUGUUGCAUGUAUGUACUGACAUGUAUUGUAGCUGAUAGAUGCACACACACGCACACUACAUGUUUUUACAUUUAUGUAAAUUAUAAAGUAUUUUGUCUGUAAUGUUGUAAUGAUGUCAUGUCAUAGUAUUGUGUGGACCAGGGGAGAGUUAGUGGAUAAGUGGUUUGGUGCCACAGAGUCUGCAUUCCUUAUGUCAAAGGAGAUUACUGAUGUUGAUCUUAGAAUAAUUGAUGGACAGGAUAUAGUGACAGGGGUAAAGGGUAAUAACAUCAAAGAAAGGGAGUGCCCAUGGAGGUUUACCAGAUGUAUGUGAAGAAACUGGUAACAGAGGGUUUAUAAGCUGAUGUAUCUCUUUGUCCAAGAGUUCGGAGAUGGCAGAGGCAGGGUUAUGUCCUUCUUCUGUUAUAACGAACCAUGGUACCUAUUAAAUAUCUUAUAUGAACUCCCCAUCAAAAGUGUCUAAGUCUAUUCUUACAUUCUUAAGUACUUGAUACCCUAGAAACUCAUCAUAACAAAUGUAUUUUUCGUUAUAUGUCGGACCCCAGUAAGACUAGCUGUUGCCAUUGGCAUCGGCUAAUGGGGAUCCCAAUAAAUCAAAUCAAAAGUCAGCUUAAACUCUUUUCUGCUCAAACCAUUUCCAUUCAUGCAGAUAGAGAGAAAAUCAACCCCUAAUAAAGUUACAUAUUCUCCUUCCUUUAUGUCUGGGAAAAGUCUGUGUCUGAAACUAACUACACACACGCAUGCACGUGAAAGUGAGAUGGCAUUGUUGGCAUGGUGUGUUGGCCUACCCACAAACCCUUGCUGCAGGGCCAAACCAUAUGGAAUCAGGGUACAUAUAGUAGCUAUAUUCAGUAGGAAAAAUAUCUGUCUUCCAUGCCCCUUCUAUAAGGGUAGAUCAACUAAUGGUUACCAUUAAGAGGUAAUAUUUAAAAUGAGAAUGUAAUGACGUCUGGCUUAGCAUCUGGUUUGUAAAUUAAAAAUACCAUGGUAACCUGGACGUUACGGGAUGAGGAUCAAAAACAGACAAUAAACAUCAAAACGCCAAUCAUUUCCUCAGUUAGAUCCUCAUGGAUGACUUUCCUUUUGUUUCUAUGUUUCAACUAGUCAGGUUGAUGCAAAGUGGGCCAACAAAUGUUGUUUUGGAGGAUGGAAGAGCUGUGCCUUAUGACUUAGAUACAUUCUCUCAUGGUUUAAUUCCACGUCUAAGUCUCUACAUUUGUAUAUGGAGAUGUGUUGGUGAUUUUCACAAUUAAACAAAAAUUUAAAAAACAAGUGUUAUUUACAAGCUAGAGCCUUUUGAGCAUCAGUGAAAAGGUAUGGUUAGGACAACAAAGAAAGACUGAACAUCGUCUCCAGCCAUGUGAACCAUGUUUUCCUCACUCUAUAUCUUUUAGAACCAGACUACAAAACAUGACACUACAACAAUGUGUCUUACAGAACCAACAACUGUACAAUGGUUGGUCUGGCAUCAUCAGCAUGCCUCUGACUCAGCAUAGCAGAUUGUCUCGCUUUUUUUUCACUGGGGAAGAAUCACACAGCUGAGGCCAUUUCAGACCACACAGGUGUGUAAUUAUCAUCAUCAUCAUCAUCAUCAUCACCCUCUGGCACAGCCAGCCAAUCAGAUGGGCAACUGCUGAUGUUGUAUGAGUAACAAGUGGCUUUGGCAAAUAACAUAUCUCAUUAUUCUGACCUGUAAAUUCAUCAAUGGUUUCCUUUCUCUCUCUGUCCUUCUUUAUUAUCGUCCCCUCUAUUCUUACUCUUUCUUCUCUCCAUCUUUAUCUCUCCCUCUCUCUUCCUUUUGUGACAGGGUUUCCACCACCCUUGUGCCAGAGCUGAUCCAUUGGGUCCUGGAUACCAGAGAUCAUCUGUGCCUG